AUGCUGGGCGCGUUCCGGGCGGCACUGGGUGCCUCUGCAUGCAAGAGGGGGUGCCUUGCGGCGGGCGCCCGGCCGUUGAAUGACUCCGAUUGCGCCCGGGGCCUCUCCUACGCGGGCACCUUCGAGACCUACCGCGUGAGGCGCAGCGUCCGCUGCGUGCGGGCGAAAGCAGUGGAUUCGAGCAGGAUGGGCGAGGAUGGGAUCGUCAAGGGCGCCCACGUGCUCUGGAAGGACCCCGCCAUGCUGCAGCUGCGGCGCCGCGCGUACAUCGUCUGGCAGGACGACGCGCCCCAGCGGUGCCUGAUCGUCAAGAAGCCGAAGAGCGAGGAGGCGAGCGCGGCAAUGCGGGAGAUCGGCUUGUGGCUGAGCGCGCGGGGGAUCGGUGUGUACGUGGAGAAUUCCGUGCUGGGGUCCAUGCCGGCGUCCUUCGAGGCGUUCGAGCCCGGCGGCGUGGAGAUCGAUUUCUGCGUCACGCUUGGGGGGGAUGGCACUGUUCUUCACUUGGCGUCGCUGUUUGCGGAGGACGAGCCCCUGGCGCCGGUGGUCAGCUUCGCAAUGGGCACGCUGGGCUUCCUGACGCCAUUCGACAUCAGGGACUUCGAGAAGCAGCUCACGCGCAUCCUGGUGGCCGGCCAGCAGACCGUGGGCUGCACCCUGCGCUCGCGCAAGCGCUGCGAGGUGUACACCGGGCGGGGCCGCCGCCUCUCCGUGCACCACACCCUCAACGAGUGCAUCAUCGACAGGGGCGCCUCCGCGAGCACCCUCACCGUGGACCUGUUCGUGGACGGGCAGUACGUGACGACGGUCACGGCGGAUGGCCUGAUCGCGGCGACCCCAUCCGGAUCCACGGCCUACAGCAUGACCGCCGGGGGGCCCAUGGUGGCCCCCUCGGUGCCGUGCACGAUCAUAACGCCCGUGGCGCCGCUGUCGCUCUCCUUCCGGCCACUGGUGGUGCCCGAGACGUCGGACAUCGUCAUCCUCAUCGCCGAGGACUCCAAGUCGAUGGGGCGGGCCAGCUUCGACGGCCGGCACCAGACGCGCCUGGUGCGCGGCAGCUCCGUGCGCCUGACCACGUCGCUGUGCCCGCUGCCCCUGAUCACGGUGGGGGAGCUGGACGCGGACUGGUACGAAGGGAUCACGCAGAAGCUGAAGUGGAACCAGUCCAUCAUCGACCAGCCCAAGAGGCCAAGGAUACCCAAGGGCGUGGGGGCCAUCAAGGGGCGGGAGAGCUCCAACGGCUCCGGCCCGGAGGCCUCCGAUCUGGCGAAGGCGAGCGAAAAGACAAGUGAAACGACGAGUGAAAAUGACGUGUAG